AUGAUCGAAAAAAUGACAACAGCAAGAAUUCAACAACCCAGUUCUGUUCACUGCAGCGCUGGCGUGGGACGUACUGUAACGUUCAAGUCAGUUAAUUAUGAAAGGGAACUUAUUGAGUCUGAGGAGAUGGAUUCUUUGGACAUAUUCGAGCUUGUCACGAGUUUGAGGAAACAGAAGGCAGGCAUGGUGCAAAGGAUCACUUUCAUUUUGUUCCAAGUGUUUGCUCACUACUGCAGAGAAAGAUUGGGACUUCCCUUCCCCUCGCCCAAAGAAGAAGCCCUUGAAUCUCCUCCCAUGGUUCCGAAUCACUUAGCCCCUCCUUACAAUGUUGUAAACGAGAACGGUGAUGUUUCUGUAGAUAAUGACAGUGACGAUAAAUUUGAGAGCACUGAUGUUCCGGAUUUUCCGCACGAGCCACCUGUUCCAUAA